AUGACUACAAUGUCAACACCUGUUUUAACAAAGGAAGCUGCAGAGAAAACUGCACGAUCUAUCUUUGUGGGUAACAUACCAUACGAAGCAACGGAAGAAAAGCUUAUCGAACUCUUUGGCAAGGCUGGCCCCGUAAUUGGUUUCCGUCUGGUGUAUGACAGAGAAUCCGGGAAACCCAAAGGUUAUGGAUUUUGUGAGUACAAUAAUGCAGCUAUUGCUGCAAGUGCUCUGAGAAACCUUCAAAAUAUUGAAUUUAAUGGUCGUCCGUUGCGUAUUGGACCAGCUGCUGGAGAACAAAAUUCCGCUGAAUUAGCUUUGAGCAAUCCCUCCGUCGGACCACCACUUGAGAGCCCAUAUGGUGAUAAUAUUGAUCCACAAGCAGCACCAGAAGCCAUUAGUCGAGCAGUUGCUAGUUUACCACCUGAGCAAAUGUAUGAACUGAUGAAGCAGAUGAAACUAUGCAUACAAAACAACCCUAAUGAAGCACGAAAUAUGCUUCUCCAAAAUCCUCAACUGGCGUAUGCUUUACUUCAGGCCCAAAUCGUAAUGAAGAUAGUUGAUCCUAAGGUAGCCAUCGCAAUGUUAAACCGUAGUCAUGACCAGAUUCCUCCUGCUAUGCCAGAUGAAGAUGUGGUCCCUCAGGUACCGCCCAUGGGCUUUCCUGGGCACAUCAAUCAAACACCACCUUCUGUGGGCCCUAAUCCUCCCGGAAGUCAUAUGGUACCUUUGUCAUCAACUGGGGCUCAUUUACCACCUAGUUUUCCGCAUCACGGUGGACCAGGACCUGUAUCCCAUCCAAACCAUUUUGGUAUUGAUCAACAUCCGCCCCGAGGUCAGGCGCCUCAAGGAAUGCCGCAAAAGUUUUAUCCAAAUAAUAUGCCACCUAAUGGAUAUCCUUCGAAUUCUGCUGCACCACCGUCCCAGCCACCAUUUGACUAUCCUCCUGGUCCACCACAACCACCUGUCAUAUCAGGACAGUCAUCACAUUUUAAUCCUAAUGGACCGCAAAAUAUGCCUGUUCGACCUGCCAGACCACCUCCUCCUCAGCAAAUUACACCUGCAAUCGCUGCUGCAGCAGCUGCCAGUAUGGGACCUAACAGCCUUUUGGCAGGACAAGGCGAACAGGAGAAGGUCACACUUAUCAUGCAAGUCCUUCAACUGUCUGACGAGCAACUCACUCUUCUACCCGAAGAUCAACGACGCAGUAUCAUGAUACUAAAGGAACAACUGGGUAAAACAGGAGCAAUUUAA